UUUGCUCUCAUAUUCGCGUUGGAUAACCAUGUUAUCACUUUGCGGUUUCUUGCAAAUAUAACCCAGUCGUGAUUGCUCAGCAGCAACCACCAUGGCCUUUGGAACUAUCCCCUUGAACGACGGUACUGAGAUCCCUCUUAUUGCCUACGGGACGGGCUCAGUCUGGAAGUUCCAGGACGUCGUACCAUACGUCGAGCAGGCCCUGGAGACGGGGUUUAGUCACAUUGAUACUGCUGCAUACUAUCAAACCGAGGAGGGCGUCGGUAUAGGAAUAAAAGAAAGCGGAUUGGACAGAAAAAGCCUUUACAUUGCAACGAAGUAUGAUGGCGGAGAUAUUCAACAGGAAGUCCGGAAGAGCCUGACGAAGCUCGGCCUGAAAUACGUUGACCUUUACCUCAUUCACUCACCGCGACUGGUCACAGGAAGUAUUGAGAACGCUUGGAAGGAGUUCGAGAAAAUCAAGGAAGACGGCUUAUCCAAGAGUAUCGGUGUAAGCAAUUUCGGAGUCGAACAUCUUGAAAAAGUUGUCAAGAUCGCAACAGUCAUUCCAGCCGUAAAUCAAAUUAACCUUCAUCCGUACAACUACGCGGAUGCGGUUCCAGUACUGGAAUAUUGCAAGAAGCACGACAUUAUCGUGGAAGCUUAUAGCAGUCUGACCCCGAUCACCAAAACACCAGGAGGACCUGUUGACGCCCCUGUUUCUCAAGCGGCGCAGCGGCGCAAUGCAUCGCCAGCCCAGGUGCUACAGCUAUGGGUCCUCAGUAAAGGCGCCGUUAUCGUGACAACAAGCUCAAAGAAGGAGCGUCUUCUGGAGUACUUGGAUGUAGCGGAUCUUGCACCAUUGACAAAGGAGGAAAUUGCUGCAAUCGACGAAGCUGGGUUCGGCCAUGGCGCACGGUCGCCUUAGGGGCACUGUUACUCAUUGCUGGUCUUCGAAGAUACUACGUACAGUAAGUAGGCUAUUCUUGGAAAUCUUACUUUCUUCGCAGUUGCAAAUUUGUAACAACUUCCUCAAUCACAUUCCCAUGCACCCUGUAACGGAGACUUUCUCUUUUGUCGUAAAGCUGUGCUGCAAUGUGGUGCAUCUGCUGCGUAUCGACAAAGAACCUGAUGUAUUCGCUUGUGAUGCUCCUCUUGGCACCAUCGACACGCACUACUGCGUUGUCAUACCCUCGUCAGGGUGAAUUGACGAAUUAGCCCUUGCUCGCGCA